UAAGACGUUCUUUUAUGAAUUACCAUCACUAUUUCAAAUAUGACAAAUAAACUGAACGAAAAAAAGAAGAGGUAAUUUAACCUCAAAAUAAAUUUACGUAAAUUAAAUGAAAAAUGUUUUUGACAAACAUUUUAUUUAAAAAAGUAAAAAGCAAACACAUUAUGGUUCAAAUGGAAAGUGUAGUAAGUGGACAUACUUUUAAUAAAAUAAGAGAACGAUUAGCAGAUAAACUAGAAGUAAUUAGAUUUGAUCCGUUUAUUAUGAAAGAUUGUUUGUACAAAGAGAAGAAAAAAGUUCGAAGUAUGUAAUAAAUUGUAAAGCUGCAACGUAUUUUUAAUAUUUAAUAAUAGAUGUAGAAUAUUAUUUGUCAAAUAAAUUCGAUUAAAUCAAUGAUUCUUGGUUUGGGAAGUGAAUUAUCAUAAUCCAAAGACAAUAGAUGUUUGUUUCGAUGCAAAAUUGGAAAAUUUAGAACUGCUUAUGGAAGUUGGAAGUAUAGAUUUAAACUCGGGUGUAUAAGAUCGAUUAUUGAUUUUCUUGAUUUUUAGUCUGUUUUCUAUGAAAAUUCGUUUGAAAUAGCAUAUAAAAAUUUAACGUACCAA